GGAUAUCAACCCACUAAUGUAGACAUGCAGCAGUGUGUGUUGCAGCUCUUUGAUAUCUGCAGAGACCAGAGUAGCAGAAAUCAGGAGGGAGUCUGCCUCACUAAAGAGCAGUGGACUGACUACUGCUCUCUAAAGGUCUGCUCUCACCCAUCUGAUUACAGAGGAUAUGACAGGAGCCUAGGACUGUGUCUGUGUCAAGUUCAGGAUAUCAGGGCUGGCUGUGGUGCAAAUUGCAAACAAACCAGCAGAUGUGUCAUUCAUCUCAUCUGCAGAGAGACCCUUCAGUUACAGAUCACCUACAAAGAUACUAAGAUUUUAACAUCAUUGUCAAACAUGAAACCAGCUGUAAAUAUCAGAACCAUUCAGAAGAUUUUACAGUGCCCAGCACUGACAGACUUCAACUUGCCUGUUUAUCUGGUGGAGGUGCAGGAACAAGGAUUUCUUGGGAUAUUAAAUCCAAACCCCCUUCAGGUAUUGAACUUGUUUCAAGAGACUUACAAAUGGAAAACAAGCAAUGAGUUUCACAUUUCCAACACAUCUGACAUUUUUGGGAAUAACUUUUUAAAAAACAUCAGUGUUCAUAAAAAUGUCACAGAGUCAUUAUGGGUAGAGGCAGGAGGAGUUUCAGAAAACUAUGCCAAGAUUUUAAACCCCACCGUUUGCCUUAAUAUUGGAGAUAUCCUUACCUUUGUUGUGACCAAAGACCAUUACCCUGUUUAUGAUAUCAACAAUCUUUACAACACCAAAAGCAAAUUUGAUUGGGGAGACUUCCGAAGCCUGGCUGAAGAAAUGAAUCUGAUGAACAGUGACUUGACACUUUUCUUACACUCUUUUCAGCAACCAGGAGUGUAUGUCCUUAAACUGAGCAGUAACCAGCAUAAAAAGAUGUAUAUUCGUGUCAUGCCUCCUGGUGCACGAUGCUAUGAAGACAGGCCAUUUUUUCCCAGUAUUCCUCGGCAUAUGAUUCAUUUGGGAAUUGCAAGAAUACCAAACCUUCUCCUGAAGCCAGACUGGCCAGCUAUUGCUGGAUUGAUGGCUGGAGCCAUCAUCUUAUUUAUUAUGUGCAUUGUGUUACUGGUAAUGUGGUGACAAUUAUAUGAAAGUAAAUAUGGUAUUUUAAAGAUUUCAUGCACCAUUUACACAUAUGGUAAACAGUAAAUAGAAUAGUCUAGGCCAUCUAUGCAUUUGCAGAGUAAUACUGUAUA